AUGAACAUAAGCAAAAUCCAAACAGGAGAAGAGGACGACGCUCGCGAGAAAUUUUUCAACAAGCUCUCGGAGGCAAGAGUGGAUUGGAGCGGCCGUGCAAGAAUAGCAAUAGGGAGAGCACUUGCAGACAUGCGCACUUACCAUUUUGACCCUGAAAGAGACGCGCUUCUUCCGUCAAAGAAAAAGCGUGUCGUCAUCGAAGGCAGCGAAGGUAACAGUAUCACUAAGGAAGUAGCGAUUGAGGAGACUGAAUGCAUUGGAGAUGAAAUUGAAGAGAUUGAAGAAGCCUGA